AUGGAGUGCAAUGGCUUAACCUCAGAGAAGCCACAUGCAGUGUGCAUCCCAUUCCCAGCACAAGGCCACAUAAAUCCAAUGCUAAAAGUAGCUAAGCUCCUCCACUACAAAGGUUUUUAUAUAACCUUUGUCAACACAGAGUUCAUACAUAAACGCCUGCUGAAAUCUCGAGGUCCAAACUCUCUUGACGGCUUCCCUUCCUUUCGGUUUGAGACAAUUCCAGAUGGUCUUCCUCCAACUGAUGCAAACGUUGCCACACAACACAUGCCAUCGCUAUGCGAGUCCACAAGGAAAAACUGCCUAGCACCCUUCAGAGACCUUCUUUUGAAGCUCAAUUCUUCCCCAAAUUCGCCUCCAGUGACCUGCAUAGUUGCUGAUGGCAUCAUGAACUUCACUCUUGAUGCAGCCCAAGAACUUGGCCUUCCUGAAGUUAUUUUCUGGACAACAAGUGCUUGUGGUUUCAUGGGAUACCUUCAAUAUUACAAUCUCAUCGAGAAGGGUUUGGUUCCUCUUAAAGAUGACAGUUAUUUGACAAACGGGUAUUUGGAUACAGUGAUAGAUUGGAUUCCAGGAAUGAAAGGAAUCCAAUUGAAGGAUAUCCCAACCUUCAUGAGAACCACUGACCCAAAUGACCCCAUUCUGCACUUAAUUUUGCACGAUACAGAACAAGUUCAAAGAGCUUCUGCUAUCAUUUUGAACACAUUUGAUGCCUUAGAGCAUGAAGUUCUAGAGGCAAUUUCGCAUUUGCUACCACCUAUAUACUCCAUUGGACCCCUAUACCUACAACUUAACCAGAUACCAGCUGAAGAUAGCAACUUCAAGUUGAUUGGAGCAAAUCUAUGGAGAGAAGAACCAGACUGUUUUGAAUGGCUUGACUCUAAAGAACCUAGUUCUGUGAUAUAUGUCAACUUUGGAAGUAGUACAGUCAUGACAGAUGAGCAGCUAAUUGAAUUUGCUUGGGGACUUGCAGACAGCAGCAAGACCUUUUUUUGGGUCAUUAGACCUGACCUGGUUGGGGGAGAAUCACCUGUCCUGCCCCCAGAGUUUAUAGAACAGACUAAAGAAAGAGGGCUACUAGCAAGUUGGUGCUGUCAAGAACAAGUCCUAAGCCAUCCAGCUAUAGGAGGGUUCUUGACUCAUAGUGGCUGGAACUCAACCAUUGAAAGUGUGUGUGGGGGAGUGCCGAUGAUCUGUUGGCCCUUCAACGGCGAGCAACAAACCAACUGUAGGUACUGUUGCAAAGAAUGGGGUAUAGGCAUAGAGAUGGAGGGUGAUGUUAAGAGAAACUACAUAGAAAGCGUUGUUAGGAAGUUAAUGGAGGGAGAGGAAGGAAAAGAGAUGAGGAAGAAAUCCAUGGAGUGGAAGAAGUUGGCAGAGAAGGCCACUACUGGCCCUCAUGGCUCAUCUUUCUUGGAUUUGGACAAUAUGGUUAACCAGGUGCUGCUAUCUCCAAGAGAUUAG